AUUUUCUCGAAUCAAGCUUAGUUGAAUAUAAUGCUCCAAAGGCUGCUUCUCCGUUGUCCAAAUUGGAUUUCGCCACCGUUACCGACCUCUCACCAACUUCUACCUCCGUCUUCAAAAACACCACUCUUUUCUUGGAUCCCUCCAGCUCCAGCUCCACCUGCGGGACAACCCUCCUCCAGUCGCUCGCACAAUUCCCGACCGGCCCUCCGCUCUCUCAGUUGUACCUCCGCUGGUGGUGGUGCAGGAACCGAGUCGCAGCCGCUACAACAACAUCAGGGAAUGGCCGCUCAAGACGAGAAAGAUCCUCGCUUGGCGAGGAUUUCUUCUUCAAUCAGGGUCAUCCCUGAUUUCCCCAAGAAAGGGAUUUUGUUUCAGGAUAUAACGACGUUGCUUCUCGAUACUAAGGCGUUUAAGGACACGAUAGAUUUGUUUGUUGAUAGAUACAAAGGGAAAAAAAUUUCUGUUGUAGCAGGUAUUGAAGCCAGAGGUUUUAUAUUUGGCCCUCCCAUUGCAUUGGCUAUUGGCGCAAAGUUUGUCCCCAUGAGGAAACCUAAGAAGUUGCCUGGGGAGGUUAUUUCAGAGGAGUACUCAUUGGAAUAUGGAAAAGAUGCAAUGGAGAUGCAUGUAGGUGCUGUACAAGCAGGAGAACGGGCAUUGGUUAUAGAUGAUCUCAUUGCAACUGGAGGGACGUUAUGUGCAGCAAUCCGCCUACUUGAGCGUGUCGGUGUACAUGUUGUUGAAUGUGCUUGUGUCAUUGAAUUGCCCGAGCUGAAGGGUCGGGAACGGUUAGGAGACAAACCAUUGUUUGUUCUUGUAAACGGUUAGAAGACAAACCAAUUUCUACGAGUGUUAAAAAUUUGGAUGAGGUGAACGGAACUCGGUAAUAAAAGGAUUGGACAACAGUAUGCGGAACUUUUGAUGCUUCUUUUCCUUUUUCUUUUGAACUUAUGGCUUGGUUGCAUUAAACUGUAAUUUUAAGCUGAUGGCGAAUGUCCAAUGGACUAAACAGUAGUGGAAUCAUCACCCUUCAGUUCUGGUUCUGGGGAAAUGAAUAGAUUGGAUAAAUCAAAUGCCAUUUGCAUCCCA